CGCCGUCACGCACACACUUGCACUGUCGCACGCACAAACUGAGCACUGUUGGCGCCGCUGCGAUACAACCAGCCGUCACCGAGCAGGACGACACUACAUCCCAUGCGUACCCGCCUCUGUGUGCGGGAACGAAACAGCCAGAGCGCGCGCACACAGAACGCAUCAGUGUUUGUGUUACAGUCUUUCCGGGAAGCCAGUCAAACCAAACCGCGGCUGGCUAGUUGAAUGCCUCAGUUCCAUUUCUUCAAUCGUACCGUCAGCAUCGAACCAGUGCGGUCUUCCCUGUCGACCAAGUGUUGUGCAUUGUUUGAAGUGCAAGCAAGCGAAUAAAAAUAAAUCCAACUGCAAAAAGCGAAUUUAGCGCGUGUUCCCUCGGAUAGACUGCUUUUCUAUUAUUUACGGAGAAAACUUCUGUAACCCAACGAGACAAUGGCUGGUGGUAAAGCAGGCAAGGAUUCGGGCAAGGCGAAAGCGAAGGCAGUGUCGCGGUCUGCACGGGCUGGUUUGCAGUUUCCGGUCGGGCGUAUCCAUCGCCAUCUGAAGAACAGGACGACAAGCCAUGGACGCGUUGGCGCUACGGCAGCCGUAUAUUCGGCCGCUAUCCUAGAAUAUCUGACUGCUGAGGUGCUCGAGUUGGCCGGUAACGCUUCCAAGGAUCUCAAAGUGAAGCGAAUCACCCCGCGGCAUCUACAGCUGGCAAUUCGCGGUGACGAAGAACUGGACAGUUUGAUCAAAGCAACGAUUGCCGGUGGCGGUGUUAUUCCUCACAUUCACAAAUCGCUGAUCGGCAAGAAGGGUGGACCCGAAUAAGCCGGGCAGCAGCAGGAACAUAAAAAGAUGCCGAACGCCCAAUGUACUACACACCAUCUUGCUAUGUUGGGCGCGCGCGUCUUUUAUCUUUUUUUUUUAUUACCCUUUAGUGUACUUGUAAAUGAGGCCGAAUGACAUGCGAAUGAACAUGAGUUUGUGUUAUCCUUUCAUUUUCGAGAGUUAGCAGAGAGAGAGAGAGAGACAGAAAUAUGCGUGCACGCGGAUCACUAUCAUCCCCGCCCCCAAAACAUGGAUGCGUUUAAGUGUUUUGCUUGCAACUGCGAAAUGUCUCGCGAAGUUGUGUGUUUAAUCGCUCAAUCAUUUUAACGAAAUAUUUUUAACUAGUAAAGCUUUUCACGGUCGAGAAGUGAAGACAUUGGUUGCCCCGGCACGGUAUUCUUUCACAUUUUAUGCAGGCGAAACGAGCCUCUCGAUACGUGAAAGAAAUGUUUUUUUUCUUUUUCUUUUGCUGCCCGUGCUCCGUUAAAUCAUGAAUCAGUUUUACAUUUUCGCUCCACGUUUGUUUACACUGCAUUUUUUUGUUGUUGUAGAGGCAACCUCGUAACUCGUAACGUCAAGCCAGAGAAUAACACUCACAUAAAUGGAAAACAAACUUAAGAAAACCAACCUAUAAUAGAUUCCAAAAUUAUAGUUUGAGGUCCAUUGGACGGUGGCGGAUUUCUCGCACAGUUUGGAUUGUACAAAGAACUAGCGAAAGAAAAAAAAAAACAAAACAAAACUAUAUAGCAAAAACGGGAUAACGAGUGUUUGCUAGAGUUUCUACGCCCUAACCCCGCCGGCCUUAGGAUAUGGCCCGUUACGCGCCCUAAAUAGGAAGGGGCUAGUAGAAGCAGUGUUUGUGUAAAUUUAACGUAUAAUCCCGUAUUAAACUAUAUUAUCACUAGGCGACCCAUGUUCGCCGCUCGUGUCGUGUAACGGUGUACCAACACACAACCAUAUGAAAGGUAGCAGAAUAAAGGAGACGCAGGCGCGCGCUGUAUAAGACCAUAA